AUGUUAAGGGAGUUGCAAUUGAAAGUUCUGCAGAAUCUCCGCCGAAGUGAUGUGAACAGAUGCCGUCUGGUGAAUCGUGAGACGCUCGAGCUUAUUUGCUGUAACGAACAGUUGAUGAGAAGAAGAGUCAUUGAGAGGCUGCUGCUACGAGAAACCGAAUACGGGGAUGAGAUGCAGAUGCGCGUGCAAUGCUCUGAAGAGGGAAUAGAUGAACCGAUGUUCUUCUUAGACGAUACGAAAGAAUUCGUUACAACGCUGCCGAGACGCCAUGAUUUUCCCACGUUCUGCUCAUUACCACCGCCGCUUCCCAGCAUUCUUCCAAAGAUGACCAGAAACGCUGAAGUCUGUCUUUUGGAGAUUCAGAAG